AUGGUGAGAACAGUAAUAGAAAGACACAAAGACAUGACUGCGCCAUGGAAAGCAACCAUCAUAGUCAGCGCCGCACUUCAGAACCACGAUAUUAGCAGUAUGCUAACAGCACAGCAGCAUCGUAUCAGGUCCUCAGACAGCGUUGAGCACGGAGCCUUUAUUUUCCCUCUGUCAGGAAUUGCAUUUCUGUUGUUGGACACUCAGGACGUCCCCGAGCAUUUUGAGGAGUCAGGACUCACUGAGAGGAUCAACAAGUUUGUGCAAGUUCACCGCAACAGCUUUCUUCUUCUAUUUGCUCCUUUUAUUGGGAAAAAAGAGCUGAUAAUACUGUCAGAGAUUCAAUGCAGAUUCUUUGGCACUAAUCUCAGGAUUCUGCCCGUACGAAACAACCUUGAGGUUGUCAAAGGAAUGCUAACAAUCGCCAAGGCCACCAGUAAGCCCCAUGUGGACAGUAUGUGUGACCGCAUGUCUCUGGCUCAGGCUCACGUCGUUGAAAACAGUCCAGUGUGGGAGAUGCUCAGAGACAUCCAGCUCAGUUGAUGAUCAUGCAUAUGCAGCAUGUUCCCACUAAGCCCCGUAGUUCUAC